CGCUACCGCUUGGAGGGUCGACGGAGUCCGCUGCGCUCUGCCGUUCCGACUCGGAACCCGAACACUCUGACGUCCCAUUGCUUGCCCGUGUGUGCUGCGCGUUAUGGCUGAGAGAGAACCUGGCGCGACUCCAGAGACGACUGACCUGUCAUAUGCCCAGUACGAGGGCACGCAGGAGGAGCAGUAUCUGCCCUCCAUACGCCAGCUGAUCGGCAAGGACCUUUCCGAGCCCUACAGCAUCUAUGUGUACCGCUACUUUCUGUACCAAUGGGGCGAUCUAUGCUUCAUGACACUCGAUAAAGACUCCAACCUCAUAGGCGUCAUCAUAUCCAAGCUUGAGCCCCAUCGCUCCGGCACCUACCGCGGUUACAUCGCCAUGCUCGCCGUUCAGGAAUCCUAUCGCGGGAAGGGCAUCGCCUCAAAACUGGUUAGCAUGGCCAUUGACGCCAUGGCCGCCCGGGACGCAGACGAGAUCGUUCUGGAGACAGAGAUCACGAACACCGCGAGCUUGAAGCUUUAUGAGCGCUUGGGCUUCCUAAGGAGCAAGAAACUACAUCGCUAUUACCUCAACGGUAACGCUGCAUAUAGGCUGAUAUUGUACCUGAAAGAGGGGACAGCACUGAAACGACCAGAGGGUGGGUAUGGUCAUGAGUUGGACCCGGGAAUGCCCGACAUGCAUCGGAUAGAGGAAGCAGGUAUUAUCAUGUGAGGUUGGAGCGACCAUGGACGAGCUGUCAUGGUGUUUGCUGCAACGCAGUUCUACGUAACGAGGACAAUGAUUAACGACCAGACGGCCAGAU